AUGAUCCUUCACAGUAAGUACAUAAUUACAUAAUAAUAAUGUUUAACAAUAAUUAUUUUUUUGGAAAAUAAUUCUUCUAACGAGUCAUACUAACCAUUGUUGUAGGCCAGCCGAUGACCUCAUCAGCAAACUACUGCCUAUGACGACUGCAAUGACUGCAGCAGACAUGGACAAGAUCGUAACACAAAUCAAAACUAAAUUUAAGGUAAACACAACCAAUCGUAUUUUCAACGACCCUUUUUAUUUUAAAGGAGCAGCACAUGCUAGUUCUUUGAAAUGUUUUUACGACCUGUUCCGUGUAGUAUUUACCUCCUAUAAUAUAUAGAAUACUAUAUAGAAAUACUAUAGAAUAUUGUUAUGUGUUAAAAUACAAGUCCUGUGCCCUUUGAUGAACUGUGGAACACUAUUGAUCAGAUUACGUGAUAUGAAUAUGAAUUAUUGUUUAACCGUAUCUAGUCAUUUACAUAGACAAUUUAUUAUGUUUAAGAUAAUUUUUUGAAUUAAUACAUCUCGUUAUAUAUUUUUAUUUCUAAUGAUAUUCAUACAACAUUUUGGAAAUGUAGUAUUAAUGUUUUAUAGUUUGACUUGUUAACUUAAACAAAGUGUUUCUGUGAUUGAAUUUGCAUUGUACAUAUUAUUGUUUUAUUCAAUUCUGUAGCAACCGUGAAAGCAGAUUUAUUAUUGACAGCGUUCACUACAUUGCAAUAUUGGUAAGCCGGCAUGUAAAUAAUUACUGUAUACCGUGGUGUUUUUUUUUUUUUUAAUUAUAAAUCGUACUUAUAAUAACACUCAUUAAUUUAAAUUAUAAAAACUUAAAAAUCAAUUUCAUACAAUAAUUCAAUGUUAAAUUAUCUGUAAUUAAUUGAUAGUUAAUCAAUUGAUAAUUCAUUUUUUGCAUGGCUUAAUAUUUUUACCUAAUUAUUAAAAUGGUCACUAUGCAUGGUUUAUAACAUUUACAAUUCAAAAGCAUUUUUCAUUAACUAAUACUCUAUUAAAGUUUAUACCCUUUAAUUUGGUUUAAACACUUAUCUGUACUUAUCUUUCCUUCCUUUUAGUGCCCGGUAUAUAUUGAUUUAAUUUUAUAAUUUAAAUACUUUAAUAACAUCUACUUUUAAUAACAAAUAUAUAUUUCUUAUAUUUACAGAAUGAUGAGCAAAACUUACAUACAAUCAUCAGUGUGGAAUUCAACAAUAUACCAACUAUUGAUUUGUACAACAAUUUACAAGUUUUCAAAUAUUUAGUAUCAACACUGAAGCAUGUCUCUCAGAAUGUCGCUUAA